AUGAUAUGUUUACUGUAUCGGAUCAUCUUCAAGACAUGGUGGGAAAAGUCCAAGUAAAAUUAUAAUUCAGUGGAUUGUAUUCAAAGUUUUACAGAAUUCCUUAUUUCAGUUUCACUAAAAACAAGUGAAAUUUCUCGUUAUAGAUGAAACUAAUCGGUAUGUAAAACGACACCGGUGGUGUUGAACCUAAUUUUGAUGACGGUUUUUUUGUUUUUCUAAAGAAUAUUAGAUACAGAAUUGGAAUUUGAUAUACGAAAAUUAGAAAGUCUUGGUUUAUCAUCACAAGAAGAACGUGUUCCAUGGAUAUUUUUCGCAACAUUUUCUAACCAAUUACAGCAAUUAGCAAAAUAUGUCCUUCGUGAAGAUUAUAUUUUUUUCUAUGAGAAUGCAAAUGUCGAUGUAGCACAUACAAUAGAAGAAGUACCAUUUACAAAGAAACAAGAUUAUGAUUUACCAGAUACAAGUGAUUUUUAUAUUCGUCGUAUUGGUCGAAUAAAUCAUGCUGGUUAA